AUGGCGCCCCUUUUGAAUGGUAUGGCUGCAGGCAUACUGUUAUCAGCUGCGGUCGUCUCCGGUCAGGGAAUUUCCAGACUGGGUGCCAGUCCAAGCUAUCAAGGGUUUAACAACAUCUGCCCCGAGCGAUGCAUUGUCACGGGACCCAACCCCUCCAAUUGGUCGACGUACCACAAUAUGAAACAGCUCGAAAGGUGUGACCUGCCUCUGUUCUAUGGCUUCAAUAUGUACGAUGAUAUCGAUGAUACCGACACUUAUCACCGUAUCCUCGCUAGCACAGCAUACGGCAAUGACUGGAGAGAAAACAGUCAGGCCCAUUUGCAACUUUCUCGCCCCGUGAAGGAGCACAAGGUCAACUAUGAGAUCGGCUGGUCGUCAUAUUCAGAAGGCACUGAAUCCGAGUACCGCUCCUUAAUCAGACAAAUGCGUGAUUAUAUUGCCCGCGGACACCUUACCCCCAGCAAGACAGCUAUGCUAUAUUCUCGCUUUGGUGCCACUUCAGCUGGUAUCUACAUUGGCAACAGUCUAUAA